UCUCUGAUGAGUCCUAGAAGGCAAAUACUGGUGCAUCUGAUAUAGAUGAAAGCAAAGAAAAGCAAUCAAAUUUCAACCAUGUCUACAUCCUUAAGAGUGAGCCCAUCAGUCCAUGGCUAUCGGUUUGACACAGCCUUGCGAAAGAAAGCCGUGGCCAAUAUCUAUGAGGGCACAGAUCAGGAAUCUCUUCAGAAGCUCUUCAAAAACUCUGGAGACAAGAAAGCAGAGGAAAGAGCCAGGAUCAUACUUGACACUGAUCAGGACUUGGAGGAGAAAACACGAGCAUUAAUGGCACUAAAGCAGAGAACAAAAGACAAACUUUUCCAGUUUCUGAAACUUCAGAAAUAUUCCAUUAAAGUGCAUUGAACUAUCCAAGGAAAAGGGGAUGAAAGAAAAGCUAUAUUUAAAGAACAAGUUUGUGAAAUCUUAACAAAUGUGAUAUUCUCCACAACCAUGGAAGCUUCUGGCAGGAAAAGUGAACCUGAAAAACUGGUCAUAAGCAUUCAGUCCAAUUCUACACACUGCAAAAAGCUUCCCAGAGUGAUUAAAAACUCUCCAAAUGCGAAAGAACUGGUGUUAGCAACAAGAGAACCAGAAAAGCCUACGCAUGAGUGAAAGAAACCAGCAUGUUUGGCAAGAAACAUAGCCAGCGCGCUUCCAGGCACAGAACUAUGGGACAAUGACACAAACACACAAUCAGACUCAAUUUUCUCAGUAAAUCUGAGGUGAAAGCAGAAUAGAACUUUUUCUUCUACUUGUUUACUGAUUUCAUCUUUUUUUUAAAAUUCGUUUUUACUGAAUGUUUAAAUGAUUUCUAAGCCUCACUGUUGUCUACUGGGAUGGAGGGUUAUAGUGAUUGAUCAGCUAUUGAUCAUUUAUUUUGCAUUUGUUAAAAUGCAUUAAAAAUAUACCACAUGAGUGUAACAAAGUUCACCCUUCAGGGAGUGCAUUUUCUUUAGAAACACUAUGCAAUUGUAUCUCUUUUCUCAUUGUUAUGUGGUAUAUUCGUAUCAUGAAUUAUUUGCACAAAAGCAAAAAUAAUGAAGUUCCUUCCCUGAACUGAAUUUACUGUGAAAGUCUUUUUUAAAGAUAUUUUGUUCAUUUCUCAUUGAUAUUAUUAUGCCAUAAUUACAGAUCUUACUUGUAGAUAGUGUGUUAGAUAUUAGAAAUAGUCCAUGGUAUUGUUUUAUGACAAUGCUAUAGUUAUAUCGACUAUAAUUUAUUACAUAUGGAGAGCUACAAACCUAAUAAAUUAUAAUGAUACUAUAUAA